GCAAUGAGAAUUCGGGAAGCCUCAGGGAAAAAAUGGCUGAAGCACUUUCACCAAUAACUCGACAAGUAACUAAAGAAUAUCAGGAAAACUGGACCGCCUCUGUGGAUUUUCGCCUUGAAGACGUCGAAGAUUGUUUAAUUUACGACCGGCAUGGAGUGUCUGCUCCGUUCAAGAAAUUAUAUCAAGACAGCAAAUCGGUCAUAAUUUUCGUGCGGAAUUUCUUGUGCUACAGCUGUAAAGAAUAUGUGGAGGAUUUGAGCAAAAUACCUAAAGAAGCACUGGAGGAUGCUGACAUUAGACUGGUUGUGAUUGGUCAGUCUGCUCAUCAACAUAUAGAGCCAUUCUGCUCAUUGACUGGGUAUCAUCAUGAAAUAUAUGUGGACCCGGAGAGGUGCAUUUAUCAAAAGCUUGGGAUGAAGAGAGAGGAGAGAUUUACAGACUCAGCCCACCCAAGUCCCCAUGUGAAGUCUGGCCUCUUCAUGGGACAAAUGAAGAGUAUAUGGAGGGCCAUGACUAGCCCUGUAUUUGACUUCCAGGGUGACCUACAUCAACAAGGUGGAGCCAUUAUUGCAGGACCAGGCUCUCAAGUUCAUUUUUCCCAUUUUGACAUGAACCGCCUGGACCACAUGCCCAUUAACUGGCUCCUGCAGCACGCCGGAGUUCAACAGACUCUGGACUUCAGCGAUAAGCCGAAGAUCAUUCAUGUGUAGCCAGUUGAAGUCAUACUUCUCCCCACAUCACUGUUUGGGCACCAUCAUUCUCUGUAACAAAUAUUUGUGUCCCAG